CCGUUGAUCGCACCCGCACAAUGUCUGAAACCAAGCCCACAGAGCCAGACGUAAUUUCUUCCUCCCUAGAUGACGAACGUACGCCGCGGGCACCAGCCCCCAAAAAUGUCUGGUCCAAAAUAUACCAUGACCCCUGGUUCCAAGUCUCCCUGAUCUCAUUCAUUUCGUUCUGCAACCCGGGUAUGUACAAUGCUCUCACUGGAAUGGGAGGUUCCGGCCAGGUAGACGGCACCGUCGCUGCAAAUUCCAACGUAGCGACUCACGCAUGCACCGCCGGCGCAGCCCUGGUCCUAGUGGGCGCCUUCUACAAAUACCUUGGACCCCGAUUAUCCCUCCUCGCAGGCGGGUGGACCUACGCCCUUUACGCAGGAUCCCUCCUGCACUUCAACCGAACAGCGAACGGCGCAUUCGUAAUUGCAGCCGGCGCAGUUCUAGGUCUUGGCGCCGCUUUCUUCUGGGUCGCUCAAGGCACAAUCAUGGUGACCUAUACUAAUGACGACACGCGCGGGAGAGCCAUCGCGCUCUUCUGGGUAGUGUUCAACCUCGGGGGAGCCAUCGGCUCCCUGGCCAGUUUCGGGCUAAACUACCACUCCAAGUCCGGCACCGUGACCGACUCUACCUAUAUCGCGUACAUCGUCGUGAUGCUGUUCGGCUGGGUUCUCUCAACACUCGUGUGCUCCACCGAGUCGCUGUCUCGGAAGUACCGGGGUAGCAGGAUCUCGCAGGACGCGAAGGUCCUCAGCUGGUCGAAUCUCCAGCGCUCGAUUAAGGAGACGGUUAGAAUCGUCUUCGAUUGGAGGGUCAUGUGCCUGUAUCCCAUGUUUUACAAUGCCAAUGUGUUCUAUUCCUACCAGCAAAAUAGCGUGAACGGCAUGACCUUUGAUCUCCGGACGCGCUCGCUCAACGGUGCGCUGUACUGGAUCGCGCAGAUGAUGGGCGGGCUGUUGAUGGGCUCCAUAUUGGAUCUGAACUGGCUCAAUCGUCGCACCCGGGCGCGGAUCGGCUGGGGUGUGUUGUUCGUCACCGGGAUGGCUAUUUGGGGUGGUGGGUACCAGUUCCAGGUGUGGAAUGAUCGGCGUCUGGAGCAUGGUGUGAAACAGGAUAUUGAUUAUAAGGCUGGUAGUCGGUAUCUUGGCCCAAUGUUCUUAUAUUUCUUUUACGGUGCCUUUGAUUCGUUUUGGCAGUCGUAUUGCUACUGGAUUAUCGGCGCUCAGUCUCAGAAUCCGGUGGUCAAUGCUGUGAUCAUCGGCACUUACUCUGCUCUCAAGCCGGCUGGAGGGGCCAUGGCUUGGCGCAUCAAUGCGAACAAAGUCAGCGCCAUGACUCAGUUUGCUAUGAACUGGGGACUCUGUAUUGGUAGCCUUGUAGUGGCUAUUCCUACCGUGUUUACUCUCAGCAAGGGGAGAGAUGCUACGGGUGCAGGUCACUGUUGAGUCGGCGGCGGCUGAUUGCCAGUGGCUAUUAGGUCACAAGGCUCUUUUAAUUAACUUAAUCAGAUUUGUCUGUGGCCUCGGAUUAUUGUAUAUAGUCGCCUAGACACGGGGUCCUAAUUUGGCUUGCUUGAUGAUGUGCAAUUAAGAUUCUACGAUGAAAAUCAAGUCUCCACCAAGGGAUUUUGUAAAACACCUUGGGAGAUCUCUGGAUAGGUAAUAUAUGACCCUGCGCGGGCGAAACGCUUUGAUAUUCAUUGCGAUACCAAGGCUUUUAAGGCUUGAUGAGGUCAAUGAAGUGUAAGCGGACGAGAAAUACUAGUUCGCCAUCAAACUCCAUCAGACCAUCGUGUUCCCAGAAUUCCGUACAAAUAUUUCUGAUCGACGAC